AUGCCGAAAAAAACAAUUACAGAAAACAUACUCUCUGUGAUGAGCAAGGCAUAUAAAAUAGAGAGCAAGCCUGCUGCUAGUUCCUCUACUUCUGACCCUAAAUUUACUGGGUCAAAAUUCGAAAAAAUCCUUGAAUGUCCUUAG